CAAAGAGGAAUAAAAUUAGCCUUCGAAAACAACGGCAUUUCUAGUCUUGUUGGAUCUGUAGUCUCUGCCUAUCUUCAUCUUGGGGUGUCUGAAACCCUAUGGAUAUUAAUCCCUCGAAAACAAAGAUAUGUCAAGUCUUUUGUAUCUGUAGUCACUGUUAUAACUUGCUGUUUUCAAAUUUAUAUGUAAGUAAUUUUAGAAUAACAUUACAGUAAAAAAAUAUAAACUCCAAAAUGAAUGGUGUUAAAACAAUAACGCUUAAAUUAUUAAGAACAUAUGGUACUAAAUCUACAUUCGAAUCUGCUGGAAUCCGAAAGAAGGUAGAAUUAAUAAAAGAAGAAAGACAUUCUAGAAUCAAUUUUGAAGAUUUUGGUGAAAAUGACCCUGAAAUAUAUGAGUCUGAGUUUGAAGAGGUAGCUGAAUUGGAUGCAAUGCGGGAAAGGAAAGUAGAGAGAAAUAAGGAAUUACUGCCAUAUCAUAUUGUUAAAAGUAAAUAUUUUAAAGAAGUAGAGUCAAAGUUUCUUACGUACAGUGAAAGAGAUCAAAUAAAGACGCUACAUCAGAGUGAUCCAACUGAGUGGACACCAGAAAAGUUAAGUGAGAGUUUUCCAGCUUUACCUGGAACUAUAAAAAAGGUUUUAACAUCAAAUUGGCAACCAAAAUCAGUAGAAAGAAUAAUAAAUUAUGAUAAUGCAGUUAUUGAAAAUUGGAAGAAUUUUAAAACUGGCAAGUUAACUGUGAAUCCUGCUUUGAGAGAACAUCUGAUGAAAUUCAGAAAUAGAAAGAUCAGCUUACUUGAUAGAAAAGCACUCGAAAGAUUUGUACCUUGUCCUAUAGUACUUCCAAAACCAAAAACUAAUUAUUUUUCAUCUAUUGUAAAAGAAAGUGUUGAUAAUACUCCACAAAAGAUUGAAAGAAAACUUAUCACAGAUAGAAAGAAAGUUGUAGAGGUACACAUGGAAGAAGGUAACAAGGUUGAUGAAAUGGAUCUUAAAACAAGAAGAUGCGAGGAUAGAAAGGAAGGGAAAUUAAUUUUUACUGAAUUUAUGAAAAAGAAGUUGAAUGAUCUGGAUGGGACUUCUCGAGAAGAAAAGGAAGUGCUAUUAAGUACUUAUAGGAAACACAUAGAAUCCACAAGUUCAGAAGAUAUAAAUUCUAACAUGUUGGACAAUGCCACGAAACAUGUUACAAAACAUGAAAAGAGUAAUAGCGUUACGAAAAAUACGUCGAAUGAAAAUACCUUAGUAGUUAAAAAUGAAACUCAGAACCAAGUAAUAGCAGAAACCUAUGUUGAACAUAAAGGUUUAGACACUUAUGUUAAAGAAAGAAUUUCAUUUAUGGAUACAAACUUUGAUUAUGCAAAACGUAUAAAAAUUCCUAAAAACGCAUUUAAGGAAGGUAUGACAUAUAGGAUAAAGGAUUGUUAUUACGAUGAUGAUGGAGAAUUUUUAUACAGGAUACCCGGAUUAAGGUCUUAAUUGGCUCUUAAGCUUACAAAACAUGUUGUACAUAAGUAUUUUUAAAAUUAUGUAUAUUAAGAGUAUUCUAUACUUCUGAUUUUAUAUAGAUAUAUGAACGUUCAUAAUUAUAAUGUAAUCUUUAAUUAACAAGUAUUAGAAUAAAUACACACAUGUAUA